AAAGGAAGAGAAGGAAAGGAAAGGGUGCGCAUGUGACUGAUCACGCCUCCACCUCAAAAGAGACGCACACUCUCUCUCUCCCCCCCCGGCGAUUCUCUUCAAAUCUCUCAACCGCGCUCCGAACACAUCCACCGCAUCUCUAUGACUCAUCACACAAUCUCUUAACCAAAAGAGGAGAGAGAGAGAGACAACAUUAAAGAAGAAGCGAGAUCUAAAUCCCCUCCCUCAAAUGCUCGCGAAGAAUCAUCGGCUGCCGGGAAGCGGCCACACCACUCCAUCUCCUCCCGGCUCUCCUCGCCGCUCUCCUCGGUACCGUCACUCCCGUUCAAAAGCCUCCGCUCGGUUCCCCGCCGCCGUCCAGCCGAGCCGGACCCUCGCGCAUCGCGUCUCGUGGAUCAUCUUAUCGGCUCUCCUCCGGCGCCAGGGAGUCUUCCUCUUCGCGCCUCUGAUAUACAUCUCGUGUAUGCUGCUGUACAUGGGCACCGUGUCCUUCGACGUUGGUCCCAUCAUUAGGCAUCGAUCUCCUCCCGGAUCUGUUUACAAAAGCCCCCAGCUUUACGCCAAGCUUAGGCAUGAUAUGGACGCUGAUAACUCCACGGCUGAUGCGAUAUCAACCAUUUGGAAACAUUCGUAUAAAGGUGGGGAGUGGAAGCCCUACGUGAACAAGUCCACUGGAGCGUUGCCGGAGUCGAAUGGUUAUAUAUAUGUUGAAGCAAACGGAGGCUUGAAUCAGCAGCGGACAUCGAUAUGCAAUGCGGUUGCUGUGGCAGGCUAUCUCAACGCAACUCUAGUAAUCCCCAACUUUCACUUUCACAGCAUAUGGAGAGAUCCAAGUAAAUUUGGGGACAUCUACGAUGAAGAGUUCUUUGUCAAUACCUUAGCAAACGAUGUACGAGUGGUUGACACAAUUCCUGAAUAUCUAAUGGAGCGAUAUGACUUUAACAUGACAAAUGUCUACAACUUCAGAGUUAAAGCGUGGUCACCCAUUCAAUAUUAUCGGGACUCCAUCUUGCCGAAGCUACAUGAGGAGAAGGUUAUACGAAUAUCACCAUUUGCAAAUAGACUUUCGUUUGAUGCUCCUCAACCUGUCCAGAGACUUAGAUGUUUGGCGAAUUACGAAGCCCUGAGGUUUUCGGAACCCAUACUAACACUAGGAGAAACACUGGUGAAGAGAAUGAAAGAUCAAAGUGCAAAUCACGGAGGAAAGUACGUAUCUGUACAUCUGCGCUUUGAAGAGGACAUGGUAGCUUUCUCCUGUUGUGUAUUUGAUGGUGGCAAGCAAGAAAAACAAGAUAUGAUUGCAGCAAGAGAACGAGGAUGGAAAGGAAAGUUUACAAAACCAGGCCGUGUUAUUAGACCUGGUGCUAUCAGGCAAAACGGGAAAUGCCCUUUAACUCCUUUAGAGGUGGGCUUAAUGCUAAGAGGAAUGGGUUUCAACAAAAGCACAUAUAUAUUCCUUGCAUCUGGUCAGAUAUAUAACGCUAACAGAACCAUGGCCCCGCUACUAGAGAUGUUCCCUAAUUUACAAACUAAAGAGAUGAUUGCAUCAGAGGAGGAACUUGCUCCAUAUAAGAACUUCUCUUCAAGAAUGGCUGCCAUAGAUUAUACAGUCUGUCUCCACAGCGAAGUAUUUGUGACCACACAAGGUGGAAACUUUCCUCACUUCCUCAUGGGUCACCGGAGAUAUCUGUACGGAGGACACUCCAAAACUAUUAGACCGGACAAGCGAAAGUUAGCAAUCCUCUUUGACAAUCCCAACAUCGGAUGGAGGAGUUUUAAACGUCAUAUGCUAAACAUGAGGUCUCAUAGUGACUCAAAGGGGUUUGAGCUAAAAAGACCUAAUGACUCCAUUUACACAUUCCCUUGUCCCGACUGUAUGUUACGUAAGAACAGAACAACGACCCCAGAUUCUAAACCACCACCCCCUGCCAUUUGAAAACACACAAACGCACUCGCUUCAUUGCCGGCCAAAAGGCUGUGUUCAUUCCUUGUAAUUCUAAUUCUUUCAUAUCAGAGUGGAUCUUGACAACUUCGGGGCCUCUCCCGAGAGUUUUAGGGAGACAGCGUUUGGAGGGGUCGCAAAAUUGUCUAUUUAUAUCCGGGGAAGGGUCUCACCAGAGGAGUAGUAGCCACAACAUUGUUUGAUACGUUUGACACAUUGAAGCUGAUGCAUCUAACAUGGGAGGAAAUUGAGGGUUUAGUUCAAAUCCUUGACUGCUGCUGGUGGUCAAAGAGUAGGACAGCGUUUGGAUGUUCACUUCUUCUUUGUUUUUUGGGUGUUUUUGCGGUUUGAAGCGUUUGCGUUUUGUACAUUUAUGUAAACGCAGACGUUAGAGUCUACUUUUGUGUUAGGAGAUAUGUAGAAACUGACUAACAGGGGGAGAGAAGAAGCUGCCCGAAAAGUUUUGUACAUUGGUUUGGUUUAGAGGCGAUGAUGGUGUCUCUUUUGGUUUUGGUUUAGGUUUAUUUAAAUUUUUUGUUGUAGCAGGGUCUUUUAAUUGUGUUUCACAUCAUAUUCUUCUGAUUCUUCCGGAGGUAGAAUGUUAUGUUUAUUUCAGGAAACAACUCUCUUAAUAUUGAUUUGAUUCUUUCAUUU